UCCGUGCAGCGAGGGUGUAUGUCCGAUCGAAAGGGGUCUUAAUUGCUGUAAAAAUCGUGAAAAAUUUCAAUACUCAGGUCAAUCCGUAAUGAAAGGAGACUAGGAUCGGCGUAUUUUCCCUCCUUGCGCUCGAUCGACUGAGUCCUCUCUCGAUGAAGAAUCUCUUGAUUUAUUGAGAAUCGAUGCGCCCCCGUUUUGCGACUUAUGUUGAUUGAUAAUUAUGUCGAUAUUGAGACGAGAAUUGGGCGAUACGAACAUGUGGAUUAACUACUCUGUACUCGUCUUAUCGUGUUACAAAUCAAGUGUCGUUAAGUGAAUUUGGGAGAACGGGGGAUUUUUUAUCUGCUGAACAUCGCGUAUUGCCUAAUAGCAGGUAGAAGAAAUCAUCAACUUCCAAUCGAGCCCCCAGACCCCCGAAAAAAUGCCGCAAGCACACGCAUCGACCCCAGACCCCUGAGCCCACCGAUCGAUGACACAAUCGAAGAAUAUGGAAUCUCAAGAAUGGGUCCAUCCCUAUAAACUCAAUAGUCAUUCCGAUGCAUCUUAACAGACGUGUAAAUUUAACUCCGCCUAUCCGCCCCGUCCUCGACUUUUCACGAAUACUCGGAUCUCCUCGCUCGUUUUGAGUUCACGUCAUUAGGCGGUUUAUUUUAGGAAUUUGGAGCGACUAGCGCAGGUUCCAGACGCGAAAUUCCUCGGCGUUUUCAUCACAUGAUGCGGGGACUCGUCAGCCGCAUGACGGAAUCAUGAUCUUGCACGUCAAGUGAAUUUUCUCAUCCCCCGAAGCGCAGAAAUAUGGGACGAUUUGAAUUGCUGGUUGAGAAUGCUCAGCGAAGAUGGACUUUCCACUUUGAUAAGUAAACUUGGCGCACUUCUGGGGCAGCUCAGCAGGUCAUGGGGUAGUGCGAGAUGGAGACUAGGACGAGGGGAUGACAGCAGAAUGCAGCGAGAAUGGACUCGGCUCAACGGAGAUCAAAACCUAAUCUGAGACAAUCUUAGUUAUAAUCUUGAUAUAUCUUGAUACAUCCUUUCAUCACAAUUUAAAUGUCCAAAGACUGAUUUUGACUCAUUCCCAUGAAUGCAUCGCGCCUCGUGGACGUCAGCAUCACAUCGAGAUAAUUAGACUAUUCGUCCGUUGAUUUCACGGAGAGAUUCCGCGCAAUCUCGAUCUGUAGGAGUUCUUGCGAGUGAUAGACGAUUUGGGGAAAGUUUUUUGUGAGGAGCGGAUGUGAUACCGCGAGGCGAGGAGAGUGCGGAUUGACUGCUAUGGGGAUAUCGUGAAGCGGAGGGUUUAUGGUGGAGAAUGUGACUUUUAGACAUGUGACGUUCAGGUACUUGGGUGAUCAGGUGAGGUAAGUGGGAGUUUCGGGUUUAGUUGUGAAGUGGGAGGAGGAGGCCGGAGGAGGCAGGAUGGGUUGUGGACAGAGCAAGAUUGGGAAUAUAUACCUGAAGAAUAGGAAGAACAAGGAUCCCGGCGGAAAGAAGCACGGCGAUUCGUUGGGAUCAGCCUCCAUUGACCAGAAGAAUGGUAGUGCCAAAAACAACAAAACCAACAACAAUGGGGUGGAGCUCAAUAGAAAUGAAGAUCACAAUGGAAUUGACGUGAAAAAUCCAACGAAAAAGAAGAGUGGAAACGGACCGCUACUGCAACAGGCGGAGGUGUCAUCCAGCCAACUCGACUUUUUCCGCAUGCUGGACGAGAAAAUUGAAAAUGGGCCGGAUUACGACGAAACAUCGGACGUUACAAUCGGCACUGAGGGAAUAACCGAUCUCCUUCGCCGUUGGGAGCUGAUGGGCAUGACCUGGUCAAGUGUUAAUGAUUUGAACUCAGCCAACGUGACGGGUCCAGAUGUGCUCAAGGGUGCGCGGCCCAGUCUGACAGCGAAAGAUCGUGAGGGCAUGAGAAACAUAAUCGGGGGAAGGCCAGAGACUGCUCCAAUGUUCAUUCGCAAUGCCAAUCGCGCUGAUGGCUUGCAAGACGUCAAUUGUCCAUCGCCAAACAUGCCGAGACACGCGUUAGAAUCGAUAAGCCAGAGUCCAACUCAGAGUGUAAAGCACUCAACACCACCUGGAAUGUCACCGACGAGCCUCCGUUUUCAUGAUAAUAAGGAAUACAGUAAAAAUAGUAGAGAGAGUAGCCAAUGCAGUCAAAUACGUAGCUAUCAGGCCAAUCAAAAUGGUGAUUUUGUGACGCAACAGGCACUUUAUCGUGAACAAUAUCUCCAGCAGACGGGAAUUAUUUCGGUUCAGCCGCAGUAUCAGGGCGGCAAUGUACUGAGAAAUAAUCCUUAUGUACAGCAAUUUCAAUUGACGGGUCAGGAACAUUUUGCCGGGCAAAAGCGGGGAUUCAAUUCUGUUGAAUUAACGUGACCUGUGAUCAAUGAGUUGUUGAUGAGAUAAAGAGACUGAUGCAUUCUUCAAAUUAUAUCGAGAUUUAGGAGGAUUUUGGAAAAUAUUUUAUGAUUUUCUGUACCUGAUGUCCAAAGCGAAAUUCAUUGUCUCAGUGUUAUGGAUGUGUGAUUUUCUUGGAUGGAAAUCGUGGGCCUAAUGCGGGGAAUUUCUUAUUCAUCGAAUCGAUGGAGAAGCUGUUGGCGAAUAUUUCAGAUGACAAUUCAAUAUCCAGCAACAUAAAUAUCGUCUCGUUCAUGUUUUAUCACUUUGCUACUGAAGUAAUCCGUUGAUGUGCCAAAAUGAAAAGAAAGAACUGUUUUCUGGCCUUUGAUAUCAAUUUGAGAUUCAACUGUGAAUGAACUUCCUAACAUCUUCUUCUGUGAGUGUUCGAGCUGAAUAUUAAAUGUGGAAAAUUGAUUGCAACCCCUGGUGGGUUGCAAUUUCUCUCUGUGGAAAGAAAUAUUCGAAUGAGGAAUAAUAACUAAGAUGUUGUAUAGCAGCUAUCACUUGAGGAAUUUCUCAGUAUAAUAUAUUAUCAAUGUAUAUUGUUAUAUUAGGAAUACACCUCUGUAUCUGUUGAUGCAGGGGUGAAAGGGAGACGGAGAUUCUCUCUGUGCAUUGAAAAUAAUAACAGAAUGUUCAGAUUAUUAUCUUUCUAUUUUGAUGCGUCAAUCGGCUCUUCAUUCUAUUCAUGUGUACAGUUUGCGGCGACAAUAUAGAUGUUGAGUUCAGCGCGUACAUGUGGAAUUGAUUUUCGAAUACUGUUUACACUUUGUCGACUGGUGAAUUACAUUCGAAGAAACUUGUUUACGGAGAUUCAUUAAAAAUAGGGGAUUGAGAACUGCAAAUGGAUUACUAUUGCCGGCAUAUCAGCUGUGGGCCAAAUGUUGUAUUCAACGACUCAUGGAACUUAUCAACGAGUUUUCGAGACAGAAAAAAUUGUGUAGCUUAGCUAAUGGGUAAACCAGGCCUUUCGGCGAUUUUUCUCUUGAUAUCGUUGGAUAUUCUUUUGUCCUUCAUGAAAUUCUUUACUAAUUUUUGAAUAGAAGAAUUUUUUUAAAUGAAAUCAUUUUGGAAAUUCAACAGAAUUGAACUUUAAUCGAAAUUUAGUUUUAGUUUUCAAUUUCACGAGUGAUUUCAUCCGUCAAGUUUUCAAUGAAUACAAAAAGGAGAGGCCUUCGAUGCACCUGGGGUCACCUCUCCUCGGAUGCCGUGCAGCUGUCAGCAAGGCUGUCUUAUAACUCUGUCUUGGAGAAAUAAUAGUCGAUAAAGAUUUCACACAUGAACUAGUCAGUGAUCCAAGGUGACCAAGUUAAUCUGUUUAUUCAGUUCUUCGUCUGAGAAAAUUUGCGAAACAAUCCACAACUUCCGUUUAAAAAUUCUUAAUCCUUAAUUCUCAUAAAAAAUUCUCUUUCUCGAUUUGUCUGACUUUUGAGUUUUAAAUGCAUUUAAUUUUGUUCUGAAAACACGCGAAAGACAAAUCAAAUUAAUUAGUUUGUUCUAAGUUAAUUAAUUGAAUCAAUUAAUUUAAUGGGAAGUUUCAUCUUCAGCGAAAAUAUUCAACUGCAUUGUAAUUAUUCAGAAAGUUCCGAAGAUUUGGAAAUUUAUAAAAUUAUGAAGAUCAUUUUUUAUCAUUUUAUUUUAAACGCAAUUCCUGACUGUUUAAUCGUGACGAAUUCACGAUCGAUAAUCGAUGUAAUGAUUGUAUAUUUAUAUGUCUGAAGUAUCGAAGUAAUAAGAGUCAAAGAAAUAUACGAAUGUAGAUACAAGUUGUGAGAAUAGUUGCUAUUCAUAGUUGAUGAUUGAGGAAAUUUUAUAUUUCAUGUUACAUGCAUUGAUUUUCAGAACAGAGAAGAAUUAUAUUUUAUAUUUUAGUGUAUCGUGAAAUGAGAAGAAACUCUUUUUUUUACUUCUGAUUUUAUUGAUUUAGGGUCAUCCUCAUCUUCUCUUCAUUUUUCAAUAAAAAAUCGAUUGAAAAUCGAA